CGUCAUCUAUCCCGUCUACACUCUACAGCCACAAAUUUCAUUUCUAAUUAUUUAUUGAAAAAUUCAAACCAGUAAUGGCGAACAGAAGAUAGUGAAAUCGAAGAUGUUGCUGAGAAAGGUGUGGGAAUCACUCUCUGGAAUCAGCAGCAGCAGCAAUAGCAAUACUAGCAAUAACAGUAGAAUUUGGCAAUCAACAACAAGCACCUGCAACUUCGGAAGCUUCGACCGAUUACCAGAAGAUGUAGUUGGUUUAAUUCUGAGAAAGUUAGGUCCAAAUGACGCCGCUAAACUCUGUGUGGUUUGCAAAACAUGGAGACAAAUCGUGGUUUCAGAUAAUCGUCUUUGGAUUCAGUUCUUUCAAUCCAAUUUUGUCUGGGAUUGGGACUCCAUCUUCUUCUCCGAAACUCAAUUGUGUUAUGAUCAUCAAUUGUCUCUUAUGCAAAUUUAUGGCUACCGGGUUAAAGUUCCUGGUGCGAUUAUUGUUGACGGUGGUUCUGGCUACUGCAAGUUCGGUUGGAGCAAGUAUCCUCGCCCUUCUGGGAGAUCAGCCACCUUCUUGGAAUUUGGUAAUAUCGAAGCUCCGAUGUACUCUAGACUCCGUCAUUUUUACGCCACCAUUUACUCCAGGAUGCAAGUGAAAUCUACAACUCAGCCCAUCGUUGUUUCUAUCCCUAUCUGUCAUUAUGAUGACACAGAAUCCGCUAAAGCGUCAAGAAGGCAACUAAAAGGAGCAAUAUAUUCAGCACUUUUUGACAUGAAUGUGCCUUCUGUUUGUGCAAUUAAUCAGGCUACACUAGCAUUAUAUGCUGCAAGGAGAACAUCAGGAAUUGUGGUCAACAUUGGUUUCCACCAAACAUCAGUUGUGCCAAUUCUUCAUGGAAAAAUAAUGCGCAAAGUGGGAGUUGAAGUUGUUGGAAUGGGGGCAUUAAAGCUUACAGGAUUUCUUAGGGAACAGAUGCAGAAGCAGAACAUUUAUUUUGAGUCUUUGUACACCGUUCGUGAACUAAAGGAGAAUCUUUGUUACGUGGCUCUUGAUUACGAAGCUGAACUUUCUAAAGACACGCUGCAGUCUUAUGAACUACCAAGAGAGGGUUUAUUUACACUGUCGAAAGAGCGAUUUCAAACAGGAGAGAUCUUAUUCCAACCUCGACUUGCUGGAGUACGUGCGAUGGGAUUGCACCAGGCGGUUGCACUCUGUAUGGACCAUUGCCAUGCUGCAGAACUGAUGAGCGAUGACAGUUGGUUCAAGACAGUGGUCUUAUGUGGUGGAACUGCAUGCUUACCUGGACUAGCCGAAAGGCUAGAGAAGGAACUGCAUGAGCUUCUUCCUAUGUACUCAUCAAACGGAAUUAGAGUAAUUCCUCCUCCUUACGGCGUAGAUUCUGCUUGGCAUGGGGCCAGACUUAUAGGCUCUUUGAGCAACUUCCCAGGAGCAUGGUGCAUGACCAAGAAGCAAUUGAAGCAGAAGUUGCGGAAGAAUCAUUAAGGCUAGGGUUCAGGAUGAUGGCAUGGUUAACUGUGUACAAUGCCUACUUUUUACUCAGGUAUGUGGAGGUAACCAGGUCUUGGAAAACCGUUCUGAGUUCUGACAACCAGGUCGAAGACACUGACAGCCGUGACAGGGUUUGUUGAUCUCAGUUUGGCGAAGUGGCCUGAGUUUGAAAUAUAAAGUACUUGCUCCGUACUAGUCUGCAGGUACCAGGAGGAUUGUAUUGUAUUGUAUUGUAUUGUAUUGUAUUGUAAAUGUGGAGUGCAAAUAGAACUUUAUAAGCUCAUCCAGAUGCAUUAGAUAUGUACAGCAAGAAGAAGAAGGCAAACUGGAAAAGUAAAUUAUGGAACAUAAAUGAAGUUGUCAGAAUGUAUAAAGCCACUUACAUGUGUACAUGAACACAGACAGAUGACUACACAGAUUUGCAUAGCUUUACAGAAUCUGAAUACAAGAAUGAAGUUUGGAAAUAAUUUGAGAAAGAAUCAAAAGGAGAAUAAGCCACACAGAAGAAACAGAAGGAAGAUGGAAAUUAAGAACCAGUGAAGGCUAUGGCGAACAGCAGCUGAGGGCGUGGGAGCGUCGUGAUGAGGGGAGGACUGAGAAUCGGUGCACUCAAUACAGCGGUUGCUGUUACAGCAUUCAUUGGCAAAGAGACCAGGCGGAUAUUGGCCAUGGAGUUUAAUGUAACUAAACAUGGUUCGAGCACAAUUGUUGGUUUCGUCGUUGAGUUCAUCGGCGUAGGGGCAUGCAAAAUCCUUGAAAGCUUCACAGCAUAAGUUGGGGGGAUAAUUGGGGCCUUCGCAUCUGCUGGUUAUGAUUGUAUAGUUCAAGUUCUCAAAAUUGACUGUGCAAUCUGCAUCCAAGGGUUUUAAUUAAUACUCCAUUAUUAUCAACAUUUCUUACACUAUAUAUUACUCCUUCUGUACUUUUUUUUAAGAGUUAUAUGUUGACCGACACAAAUAUUAAGGAAUAUGAGUUGAUUACUCCCUC